CAAUCUCCAUCAAUAAUGUCUCACAGCAGCAUAGAGAUGGAACCAUCCCAUGGUAGCAAUGGGGCUGGUGUCAAGAUCCAAAAAUCUCGAUCCCAGAUGGUCUUGCGCAAGGCCGUCACACUAUCCUUUAAGGACCUAUCCUAUGAGGUCACUCACAAGAAAAAGAAGAUGACACUACUGAGGAAUAUCAAUGGAAGCGUGGCACCAGGUGAACUGGUGGCUGUGUUUGGACCCUCAGGCUCUGGAAAGACCACUCUACUCGAUAUCCUGGCCAACAGAAAGGAGACAGGCCACAUUGAAGGCACAGUGCUGAUUAAUGGUGCGCCUUUCGAUGAUGACUACAAACGUCUUUGUUCCUACGUGGUGCAAGAAGACAUCCUGCUGCCUACUAUGACCGUACGUGAGACACUGCGCUUCUACGCCGACCUCAAGCUACCCACCAGUUGGACGAACCGUGAGAAGAGUGAGCGUGUCAACUCUGUGCUCGAACAAAUUGGACUGACACAUCGUGCUGACAUGAAGAUCGGUGGAAUGUUGCCAGGUGGAAUCCAUAUCCGUGGCCUGUCUGGUGGAGAGAAGCGUCGUGUCACCAUUGGAUGCUCCCUCGUCACUUCGCCAUCGAUCAUGUUGCUGGAUGAGCCCACCUCUGGCCUGGAUACAACCUCUGCCAUGGCCGUAAUGCGUACACUGGUCGAACUUACACAGGAUAAGAACGUCACAGUAAUCUGCACGAUCCAUCAACCUCGAUCAGAGAUUUACAAGCUGUUCACCAAGGUACUGGUGCUGACAGAGGGUCGUUUGGUGUACUACGGAUCGGAACCGGUACAGCACUUCAUCGCGCUGGGCUAUCCAUUCCCCGAGCAGACUAAUCCUGCCGAUUACAUUCUGGACGCAGUCACACAGAUCAAGGAAUCGAAACUGGCAGACGAUAUUGGAGACCGCUUGGCUGCUGACUAUUCGAAUCAAGUGCAGUUGGUGAUCAACGAGUUUGGAGUCGGUGCCGACACUGUCAAGACAUCACGACGCUAUACGACCUCAUCGUACAAUGUCGGACUGUUCAGUCAAUUCGUCGUACUAUUGAGACGCACUGGAUUGGAUUUCUAUCGUAACCCUUCCAACUCGAUCAUCCGUUUCAUUGUUGCUGCUUUUGUUGGGCUUUUGUUUGGAGCCUGCUUUGCCAACCUAUCCAUGACACCCAAGGGUGCUCAGAGCCGUGCCGCCGUACUCUUCUACCUGGUUAUCAACAUGGUUCUGCAGCCCUUCGCCUCCAUCAGUCUUUUCAUUUCAAAGCGAACACUGUUCAACGCCGAGCGUGCAGCCAAGCUCUACCACACUCUACCCUACUACCUGGCCUUGAUGUUCUUUGAGUGUCUGGCCUGCGUGAUCACCGCCUUUAUCCUAGGAACAAUCGCCUACUGGUUCAGUGGACUCAACCCUGGUGUUGACAACUACUUUUUCUGUAUGGCCAUCCUAGUGCUGGCACACUUUGCUGGCGACUUCUUCAUCCUAUUCAUCUCAUGUAUGACGAUCCAAGUGGACUCCACGUUUGCCAUUGGUGCCGGUGUCACCACAGUCUACCAGUUGUUUGCCGGCUUCUUUGUGACGAUCAACGAGCUCCCCAUCUCCUUUGCCUGGCUGCGCUAUAUCAACUUCAUCUACUACUCCUUCGAGGCCAUGAUGGCCAACGAGUUUGAGGGCACCACCAUUAAUUGUGGCGGUCCUCCUGGCUCUUGUCCCACCGGCGAGGAUAUUCUCGAGAUAUUUGGCAUGCGUCAAGCCAGGAAGGGUAUAGACCUAGCAAUCGUCGCCUCUUUUGCCACAGCGUUCUUCUUCAUCGUAUACAUUUGUCUGCACUUCCUUCACAGAGAGAAGAGAUAG